AUGUCACCAGACCGCGCAUAUACUCAACCUAACUUGCUCAACCGACCCAUUGAAAGUUUAGAGCUGAACUCCUACCAUCAGAACGUGCAGACUCCCUGCAAGGAAGUAGGCAGAUUAGAGCCAUGUAGCCCUGCACUGUCUGAUCUCCAUACCGGAACCACGGAUCUCGAGGCGCUGUACAACGAAAUCGACAGAAAGAACCUCAUGUAUAACCAGUCUUCUCGAGCACUUGGGCUCUGUCGAUCGAAACUUGAGGCGGCGCGACGUCAAAGCGAGGCUGAUGCGUCCGAACUGAAAUCUUUGCGGCAGUCACUCGCAGCAUUGAGGGAAAGGUUGGCGGUCAAAGAAACCGAACUCACAUCUGCCACUGGCUACCUUUCAGAGACCAAGUCUGCUCUAGCGGAAAUCUCAGAAAAACAUUCUUCUUUAAAGGAAGAGCUUGCGGAAGAGAAAGCGGCGAAACAGAAAUUGGAAAUAGGUACAGGAAUGUUGAAGUCCGGCAUGGCCAAGCUGUCGACUUCGUACUCCGAGCUGGCGGAAUCAUUUCGAGAAUUGAAGGUCGCUUAUGACUCUUCACAGAAACAACUCACAGAGCUCGUAGUCGACGCAGGGGAGACAAAAAGGCUGGCUCAGGGUGGCCUGGAAGGCAACUUCUAUGCACUGCUCCCUGAAGUGGAAAGCUCAAUUAUUAUUUAG